AUGGUGAUCAUUCUAUUGUAUGUGGACGACAUAAUUCUAACGAGCAGCAAUUAUGCAAAGGUCACUAGCCUUCAAGAAGAACUUUCGUUGCGUUUUGAUAUGAAAAAACUAAGAGAGCUUAUUAAUUUUCUUGGGUUGCAAAUUAAAAAUCUAGAUAAGGGGAUUUUUGUGUCUCAAUUCAGCUAUGCUAAACGGCUCGUCAAGAAGUUUGGUUUGAUUGCUGGGAAGAAGCGGUCUACACCACUUGAUGGUGUAGAGUUUUCCUUACAGGGAUUUGCAAAUGUUGAUUUUGGUGGAGACUUGGAUGAUCAGAGAUCAACUUCUGAUUUUAUAUUUCUAUGUGGAGCUACAAGUGUAUCGUGGUGUAGCAAAAAGCAAGGUUUGGUAUCUCAAUCCAUAACUGAAGCGGAAUACAAAGCCUCUGUUCAUGCUGCUCAAGAGUGUAUGUGGCUUCGUAGACUCUUUGAGAAUCUGCACAUGCCCAUUGAUCAACCCAUUCCUAUUCAGGGAGAUAAUCUGAGUGCAAUCAAGCUUACAUCUAAUUCUAUCUUUCACGCGAGAACGAAACAUAUUGAACUUGAUCAUUAUUUCAUUCGUGAGAAAGUGCUUGAAGGGAUUAUUGAUAUGAUCGCAGUUAAAAGUGAAGACAAUGUUGCCGAUAUUUUUACAAAAUCACUUCCGAAGGGUGCAUUCGAAGAUCUGCAAUCAAAGCUAGGAUUAGUUCUGAGAACAUCAGUUUAA